AUGUCAGGGGACCUGGAAGCCAAGAGCUUGGGCUCCACGCAGAUCAGUGAUCACAAAUUCUACUACAAGUGGACUAUUAGCAAGUUUUCACUUUACAUGGUGAGAUUUAUGGACAAGAUUACAAGUCCAUUGUUCUCAUUCAAGGCCAAUGAGGAAGUGGCAUGGUGUUUGAGAGUACACCCAAAUGGGGUUGAUGGAGAAAGCAAAGACUACCUGUCAGUUUACCUGCUGUUACUCAGCUGUCCCAAGAGCCCAGUUUGGGCCAAGUUCCAUUUCUGGAUCACAAAUAACCAAAGAGAAAAAUAUAUAACUAUGAAGAGCUCUAAUAUUGUAAGCUUUCUGCAUAACCAACACAGGGGAUUCAAAAAGUUCAUGCUCCGAGAAUUUCUCCUCUCCCAUCGUCGUUGGUUUCUCCCUGAAGACCAGCUCACCCUCUACUGCAAGGUGAGCAUAGUAGGAGACUGCUUUAGCAAUCCUGGUCAGAACAUGACACCUGCAAUCAUAUAUCCAAGGCAUGUGUUCACAGAUGACGUAGAAGAGCAGUGGGAGAAUUCCCUCUCCACAGACUGCUGCCUGUUUGUAGGUGGCCAAGAAUUCAGGGCUCACAAGGCCAUCCUAGCAGCUCACUCUCCAGUUUUUAGAGCCAUGUUUGAACAUGAAAUGAAGGAGAAGCUAACAAACCGCGUUGAGAUCCAAGACCUGGAUCCCGAAGUCUUCAAGGAGAUGAUGGGCUUCAUUUACACUGGGAAGGUGCCACACUUCCACAGCUACUCCAUGACCACUGGUGUGCUGGCAGCUGCUGACAGGUAUGGCCUGGAGGACUUGAUGGCCAUGUGUGAGGAUGCCCUCUGCAGGAACCUCUCUGUAUUGAAUGUUACAUACACUCUCUUCCUGGCUGACCUCCACAGCAGAAAACACCUGAAGACUCAGGCCCUGGAUUUCAUUAAACUUUAUCCUUUUGAGGUUUCUGAGACCUCAAGGUGGAAGUCAAUGGAGGAGUCACAUCCCCACUUGGUGGCUGAAGUAUUCCAUUCCCUGACUUCUGCACAGUGUCCUUACUUGGAGCCACCACUCAAACGCCUAAAACAAUCUUAG